AAUGUCUGUCAGAGCCUUAUAUUAAUCACAAUAAGAUGUUGGGAGAAAUAUCAAAAGGUAAUGAAUUACACAUAUAAAUUAGUUCAAAAAAAAAGUACACUUGGAAGUUUAGUAUAGAUGAUAAGGAUCAUACAAUUGAACUGUUUGUAUCAGGUUUAUCUGGAAAAAAGAAAGUUGUACAUAAUGGAAAAACCUUAAGGGAAGAAGCAUCGUAUUCUUAUUUUAUUUAUCUAUUAUUUUAGUGUCUUAGGAAGUUUUAAUUAUUCCAUGACCAUUUAAAGUAAUUUAUUAACAAUAUCAAAUAAUGGAGAUUUGUAUGACCUAAGGAUAAACAAUAUGUAAUUCAGUCAUCUUUAUCACAAUGGUAAUUUAUCAUCUGAAUUUAGAAAAAACAAAAAAAGAAUUUUAAUUUGAAGAUGGAUACAAUGAAGGAAACAAUUAAGAAGAUUAUUACUCUAAAUUACCAAAGCCAUCUAAAUAAAACAAACCAUUAUAUAAAGAAUAAGACUAAGGAUAUGAUUUUGGUUUGGUAGAUGAUAUAGAAAGGAUGGCUCCUAAGAAAGGAUUAGAAGAAUAAAAUGAGUUCAAUACUCAUUCUAAUUAUUAAUAAAAGUUAAACAUUUAAUUCAAACCUAAAGAUGAUCCAUAUGCUAAAUUUAACGAACCAAAGCCUUAAUAAAGACAAACCUAAUCAUUUUCAAAUAAACCUUAGCAACCACAAUCAACAUUUAAUUAAUAAUAAAUUAAAAAUGAUUUUGCAGAUUUUGGCAAUUUUCCAAAACCUCAAACCACAACAACUAAUGAAAAUGUCUUUGGAAAUUUUGGAUUUGGAUUUAAUGACACUUAAUAAUAAUAACCAAAACCAUAAUAAUAAUAAUAAUAAAAUUAAUUUUAACAAGACUUUAAACCAAAUCCUUUUGGAGAUUUUUAAUAACCUACUCAAUAAACUCAACCAACUCAACCCUUUUAACAAUAGGGACAAUCAUUUUAACAAUAGGGACAACCAUUUUUCUAAUAACCACCUCAAUAAUAGGUGAUAGAGUAACCAAAACCAAAACCUCCUCUUUAAACGAAUUUAUUAGAUUUUGGAGAUGAUCCCAUCCAACCCUAAUAAUAAUCGUAAAUACCACCUCCAUAAUAAUAAAGUUAAUAAUAAUUGUUAUACCAACAAUAGUAGGUUCAAUAAUAAUAAUAAUUACAGUAAUAACCUUUAUAUAAAAAUCCAAUCAAUUAACCAGUUUAAUAAAACCCAUAAUAUGCUUAAGCUCCACAAUAAUAAUAAUAAUAAUAAUAAUAAUAAUAAUAAUAAAAAGUUCUACCUUAAGAUUUAUUGGAUGCUUUUGAUGAUCCUGAACCAGUAGUAUCAUAACCAAAUUCAUAGUAAUAGCCUUAAUUCAAUAUAACUUCAUUAUAUUAAUAAUAAGUAAUUUUUACUUUUAUUGUAGCCUAAUGUUCCUAUACAGUCAUCAAUAGCAACAUAAUCCCCCCCAUAAUAAUAAUAAUUUGUAAUUAUAUUAUUUAUGUAAAUUUAGAGAUAAAGUAUGCCUAAUCAAUAUCAGCCUUAACCUUUUAAUCAAAUGCCAUAACAAUAAUAUUAGAAUCCUUAGAUUUCAAUUACAUAGUUAUAUAACCAACCAUAAGCUUAAAUCAACAUGAAUGUCCCAGUUUAAAUAAAUGUAAAAACAUAGUCAACUCCGUUUGAUGAUGUAUUUUGAA